AUGGCCGCCCAUCAGCUCGCCAUAGCAAAGGCCUCCUUCUCGGCUGCUCUACUUCGGCCUGAUCCCACAUCUUUAUCGCGCGACGACAUCACCACAUUCCAUACUCUUUUAGACAACGCUCUAUCGCAUUGCUCGCGCAUCAACGUCCAGACUUGCAAGGAAUGGUUGCUUCGUCAUGUUGUCUCCUCCUCAAACAGAGUCGGUGUGCUAGGGAAAUACCUGGCCGCUUUGUCGACCUCCUACGAGUUGGUAUCAGUUAAGGACCAGCCAAAAGCCGCCAAUGCACGGCCGUCUGGGAAGCGGAAGCGGUUGCACGUCUUGUAUCUGAUAAAUGAUGUUUUGCAUCACACCAAAUAUCAUUUGAAUGAAGGGGUCGGCGCGUUUGUCAGCUUCAGCGGUUCGUUACAACCACAUGUCGUUGAGCUUGUUGGACUCGCCGCUUCGUACGAUCGCCAAAAGAAUCCGAAACAUCAUCGAAGAUUGGGCCAGCUGCUGGAUGCCUGGUACAAUCAUGGAUAUUACGCUGCCGAGUACGUCGACAAGCUGCGAGAGUUGGCUCAGAAUAUAGACUCCUUUGAUGCAAUCAAGACGUACGUCGGUUUAUCGGAAGGCGCGAGCGACAUACAGUCGACAGGGUCUAAGAGGGAUGCACCGUAUAUAAUGCCAGCCAGUCAUGGUGAUGCAUCCACGCCGUUCUAUGAUUUGCCGGCGGGAAAUUUCGUACCCCAUAUUAUUCCGGAUUCCACGACUCCGAUACGACCAGAUACCGUCAAACCGAUACAAUUUUUAGCUGGACCAGCUGAUCAAAAGCUUGUCGGGGUAUUGAAGAAGUUUUUGCAAGAUGUGGAUCAUAUAUACGGAUCGAUCGAAUCGGAUCUCCCAGAAAACGCGUCAUUAGAUGUUGACGAGCUCGGACAGACUGUGCUACGUGACGAUAAGACGGGAGAGGUUAUCGACGCUGAUACUUAUUACGGAUGGUCCCGGGAAUUCUGUCAACAAAUGAAAAACAGAAAGGCCCGGGGAACGUCUCGAAGGAGUCGCAGCUAUAGCUACGGUGCGGACGAGCGUUAUCGGAAACGUCGUUAUAGCGACAGCAGAAGCCGUGAUGACUCUCGUUCGCGCUCGCGUAACCCUGAUCGCCGACGGUAUUCUAGAUCGCCAUCGAGUAACGACUCACGCGAGGCCCCUAGACCACGCCUUGGCGGACAGUCACGCUCAAGAUCCAUCUCAUAUUCACCCCAACCGGCAUCUCCACGACCCUAUCCUGCAUUUCAACAAAACAAUCAGCAGCCCCCACCGCCACCUCCUAAUGUUCCCAACCCUCCAUAUUCAUAUAAUGGAGCGGCAUCAUUUCCACCCCAAUUCGCUGGGAAUGUCCCGCCUGCGCCUCCGAUGAAUUAUAACCAUGCGUGGCCCAAUCCUGCGUAUCCAGUUGGCGGCCAACAUAUGGUACCCCCGGGUAUUGGGAAUUUUCCUCAGCAAUAUCAGCCGCCGGCGGGUCAACCAACACAAUAUGGCCAACCGUCAUCCUAUUCGAUGCAGCAGAUGCAUAUGGGGGCGUUUCCGCCACCGUGGCAGGGAGGGUACCAAGGUAAUCAUCAAGGUGGUCAUCAGGGCGCUCACCAAGGAAGUUAUAACCAAGGUGGAAAUAGGUAG